AGUGGGCCCGGGGUUGGUGUUUGUAAACUUGCCUCGGUCCCGGCGGGGGCAGCGGCAGCCACGGGGUUGGCACAGUGUGCAGGGGCUUGGAGGAGGCGUCGCGCGGCGGGGGAGACAGCUGGAGGCCGCGCCUGGCAGGUUUCUGGAACAGAUCGUGAACUUCAUCAAGAGAAUUCAGUUGGAAAACCAAGACUUGCAGACUUUUUCUUCAGACAAUAGGCAGGAACCAGACAGAGUCCAGGGAUUCUUGAAACAUCUAACUUCCCUUUGGAGGACACUAAGUUUUAUUUGAAGACAAAGGCAGUUCAAUAUGGCAGCAGGACUGAACGAAUGUGAAGAAGUUGUUACAGUGAUUUGGUGACAGUUCUUCAAACAACAGUGUUUAAGGAAAAGUGGAUCAAGAAACUCCUGAACUUUCGGGUUGCAUUAAAUGAGAAAUCAGCAUGGCUCAGGUAAAAAGCUCUAGAGUCCUCCUCCUUCAAGAUCACUGGGAAACGUGUUUACAGUUUCCCUCUUGAAUGCUGCCUUAGUCAACAUAUUGACCAACAGUGAGCCAAGCUCUGUAUUAAGCACCAGGGGGAGAUCUAGAGGAAGGAAAGGAGACAGGCCACAGCCCCUGCCUUCAGGGAGCUUCCAGUCAAAUGAAGGAGAUGAAAGAGUGAUAACUCUACCUGGAUGAAAAAAGAAGAUGAAGCUUGAAGGAUGCAUAGAAUUUGGCUAAAUGAACAGAACAGGGCAUUCAAAUGAGGAGAACUGCAUGGGCAGAGGCUUAGAGGCAAGUCUCCUGGCUUGUGAAGGCCUAGCAGGUGUGAGUUUGGUUCCUACUGCAGCCAGCAAGAAGAUGAUGCUGAGCCAGAUUGCCAGCAAGCAGGCCGAGAAUGGAGAGCGGGCAGGUAGCCCUGAUGUGCUGAGGUGCUCAAGUCAGGGCCACCGAAAAGACAGCGAUAAGACCCGAAGCCGCAAGGAUGAUGACAGCUUGGCUGAGGCCUCUCAUUCAAAAAAGACUGUUAAAAAGGUGGUGGUAGUGGAACAAAAUGGUUCUUUUCAAGUAAAGAUUCCCAAGAAUUUUGUUUGUGAACACUGCUUUGGAGCCUUUAGGAGCAGUUACCACCUCAAGAGGCACAUACUUAUUCAUACUGGUGAGAAGCCAUUUGAGUGUGAUGUAUGUGAUAUGCGCUUCAUCCAGAAGUACCACCUGGAGCGUCACAAGCGUGUGCACAGUGGUGAAAAGCCCUACCAGUGUGAACGGUGUCAUCAGUGUUUUUCUCGGACAGAUCGAUUACUCAGACACAAACGGAUGUGCCAAGGGUGCCAGUCCAAGACUUCCGAUGGGCAGUUUUCUCUAUAGGCGCAAGGGCCCUGGGUGGUGGGAGUGAUCAGAAGAAUCUACCGAAGAGCGCAUCCCCCUCUGGUCUGAUGGUCCCACCACCACCCCGUGUGUACUGUCCCCUCCUGGAGGAGUGGACCCAGGAGACCAGAAGAAUGCAUCAGGGGACAGCGGCCCCAGAGCCUCAGCUCUGUAAAUAAUCUGAGACUAUGAGUAUCUCGGGGAAGUUCCUACAGCAUUCCUGGGUAGGGAAGCUAGUCUCUGGACCCUUGGCUGAGGUCAUAGAUGGGGGACUCAAGGUACAGGACCAAGACUGAAGUGUGGCGCCCACAACCUUGGACUCCAGCUGGCAGCCGAAAUGGAAAAGAUUCGGGAGAGGGAUUUGUUUAUUUGUCCUGUUUUUGUUUAUUCAGAAGCAAUUUCAGCAGGUGCACUGUGGAUACAGGUAAUCUGGAGGCAUAGAGUCCUGGUCACAGGGACAGUGGUUGGUCCAGCCCUCCCCCAAAAUUGAGCUUUUAGUAGCAAGUGAUCCUCAGUGUUCCACAGCCCUGCAUUUCACCACCUCCUGUUUGAAGGAGAAUAGGAUCAGGGAUGACAGCUAAGCUUACUUUGGCCUCCUUAUACACUGUAGGGACAAAAGGAAGAACUGUAGGAGGAGCACACGAGGGCUGGAUCGAAGAAGAGUGGACAGGUACCUCUUAUUUCCUAUGGGGAAGAGUAAGAUUUGUGCCGAUGGGUGUUGUAAUGGCCUAUGCCACUGGUACCUAAUGGGGUCAGCUCAAGUGCCUUUUGGAGGAAACUUGGGUGAGAGUGGCCCGUGAAGCUCUUUCCUUCUCUCUUUGGGCAGUUGAUCUUGAAGAUAGAAUGUGGCUACCUCGCUGCCAUUGACUCCUAAGCCAGACAGAGGUGUUGAGCGGGGAGUCAUGGAUAUCAAAGUGGGUUCUCUCUCCUUGUGCCCUCUUAGGAACUACCCAAAACUAGUCCUAAGUUGAGUAACAACUGUUCAAGAAACAAGAAUUUGGUGUCCUCUGCCAUGACUGUUGAGCAGUGUGAGCUAUUCUCCUUGCCCAAGUCCUAUCACUGUAUUGAGGUGGAGGAGAGAGGGUCUGGCCUUUGGUCCCAAAGAACAAGAUCUUGGCUUCUUUCUGGCCAUCCCUACCCAACAAAGAAUUGGCCAGGCGGUGAAGGGGGGCGGGGGGGGGCGGGGGCGGGUGGUGCUGCAGAGAAAGGACUGAGGAAGAAACCUAAUGUAGGUUUUUUUCUUAACCAUAUUCUUUGCUCCUCUCUGCUCCAACACCACCACCCUAUCCACCCUCAAAAAGGUGAUCAGGGGUGUGUGUGUGUGUGUGUGUGUGAGAGUGAGUGAGUGAAUGAUGUAUUCAUGUUUGUAUGCUUGAAGAUGGCAUAUUGAGCCAAACCCUUCUCUGGCCCGCUACUUAGGGGAGGAUGAGCAUAACAG